AUGAGUAAUCACAUAGGGGAAGAAGCAACUGAAGGAGUGCUCUCAGGAACGAAUAGUACCGGUGACGAUGGGGUAAAGGGCGGGAGUUGCCACCCCUCCCACUGUUCUCCUCAACCCCGUGGUGAGAAUUUUAACGAUAAAAUUGAAUUUGCUUUAGAGGGGGAGAAACCAACUGUGCUAGUAGACGCAAACGAGAGUCACGUCACCACAAGCAGCAGUCACAACAACAGCUGCGAAAAUGCCAAUAUGAAUAGGGAGGCAAAUAGUAGCUCAGAAAAUGUGGGCAACACGAGUGGGAAUAGUUAUGAUAGCAGAGCGCAUGUAGGAAGCGCGUACGGUGCCGGAGCAUGUGAAAGGAGUAAUCAACAGUCGAAUGUCCCCAUUGGGGACCCAGUUAGCCAUCUAAGCGGUCACCCCAAUUUCGGUGAACCAAGUGAGAGGGCGGAGGAUGCUGCCACCCCUGCACAGCACAGUCACGUGGGAAAAACCCAAGGGGAUAAUCCCCCCACAGGUGGGCAGUACCAUCAGUCAGGAGGUACCAGUAGGAAUCACCAAACGGUGGAGAGCAAUACAAAUUGUUCAGCCGAUGCUACAUUUAAUGAAACUAACCGAAGUGGGGAACACAAGAGAAGUAGCAUUGAUGGGGACGUUCCCAGUGAGAUAUACAUUCAUAGUCAGCCGAACGAGGGGAAUGUGCAAAAGACGAGCACCUGGCAGGGUAAGCAGGGGAGCAGCGCAACUUCUCCUCCUGCAAAUGGGAAUAACGCGGUUACCCUUUCGUGUAGUAAUGAUCAGCAGCGAGGUGCAAGCAGCGCAACCGAAUCGGGGUACGCCAUUCACAGGGGUUCUAACUUAGCUAGUUACACUCGAAAUGAGAACGUUUCGCAUGGGGCGAAUAACCCCUUGAGUAGCACCAAUCCUGCACAACGCACUGCUAUGCAGGGAGAUUUGGUGAGAGGGGCCCCAAAUGAUAAGCCCACUUUUGAUAGGGGAAAUGAAAGGACGUAUCAAAUAUAUGGGGGCAGCCACGGCGGCUCCCCCAGUGCAGCGUCCGCUGGAGCACCUUCCAACGGCUUGGGCAGCCAGGCGGAUGGCGGCCACGUUAGUCAGGUGCAGCCGGACGCGCGCGGCGCGUGGGGUGGCGGGCCGCACAGUAAUGCCUCGUACAGCUGUGCUGCGUACAGCAACGCUGCGUAUAGCAGCGCUGCCUAUAGCAACGCCGGGUUCAGCAACGCUGGGUACACCAACUCGGGGUACACCAACUCGGGGUACACCAACGCCCAGUAUAGUAAUACCCCCUACAACAACCCUCCCUAUAGCAAUACGCCAUAUAGCAACCCCCCGUAUAGUAAUACCCCAUAUAGCAACACGCCGUAUAGUAAUACCCCGUAUAGUAAUGCCCCCCUUAGCAACGCCCCGCAGAGCAGCGCGAAGGAGCACCCCAGUGCGUACCACGCGGCGUACCAGCAUCGGAACGCGAACCAACCCGCCGCUAAUCAGGUCACCUCUAACCAACCCGCGGCUAACCCCUUUUAUGGCGGCGCUGGCAACACGGUUGUUAGUAGACCAUUCGGGAGUGCCCCAUAUGGGGGAAACCCCACCACAACUGCUGAUCCAAGCGGGAGUGCAAAGCGGGAGGAUAAUCAGGAGCGGGGGACGAACAGACAGAAGUACGAACGGUCAGAGGAAGAAUCAGUGGAAAGUUCCAGCUCCGAAAAUUCAAGUGAAAACGAAAAUGAGGUAACAGAAAAGGGAGAAGAAGUGUACAGUUUGUUAAAAAAAACGAUCAACCGUAUAGACAUGAACAAAAUCCCAAGGCCUAUAAUAAACACUCAGGAAAAAAAAAAAAAAAAAAAUUUAAAAGUAUUCGAAACGUGUAAGUAUAUCUCUCCCCCGUCUUAUUAUCAACCGUACAUAUCGAUUGACACGGGGAAAGCAGACCCGAGAUUUAUGAAGAGCACGUUGUAUCAAAUUCCGCUAUUUUCUGAGACGUUAAAGCUGUCUCAAAUUCCCUUUGGAAUUAUUGUAAACCCUUUUGCAUGUCUAAACGAAGGGGAAGGUGUAGACAAAAUAGACAUGAAGGAUAUCAUUAACGAUAAGGAGGAAAAUGUAGAAAUUUUGAGAUGCCCCAAAUGUUUGAGCUAUCUGCAUGCGACUAUAUUGGAAGACAUUUCCAGCUCUGUGCAGUGUGUCUUCUGCGACACAGAUUUUAUGAUUAAUGAAAAUGUAUUAUUUGAUAUAUUUCAGUAUAAUGAGAAGAUAGGCCAUAGGGAGAGUGACCACCAUGGGAGUUCUCUCUCCCCUUUGCUGAAGGGUAGCGUCGAUAUUAUUAUCCCCCCGACGUACUAUCAUAAUGUUAACAAGUUUAAAUUGACGUAUACCUACUUGAGUAAAAAUAUUAACCAAACGGCGUUCAUGAUUACGAAUAAGAUAAUGUCUUUCACGAAGCAUAUUUCUAAUUCGCUAGUUGCGAAUGAUUCUAAGGGGGGGAAUAAGCUGACUAGUAGUAGCGCUUUUGGCGACUCGGGGGAUGCUACCCAUUAUGCAGGUGGUGGCUAUACCAAUUAUGGAGGGGUAGGAAGCUACAGUACCUAUGACAAUCAAAGCGGUUACAACAAUCAUAACGUGGUUAACAACCGAGGGGGCAGCGGAGCAGGGAAUCAUCCCUAUGGGAACGACCACGGGGUGCAGAACUUCGACAGCGUGAUGGAGAAUGCCAACCUGACCAUGAACGAGAUGAAAAAUUUGAUAUGCGAAAAAAGUGGCGAAUCGGAUACCGCCAAAAUGAGGAGAAAUUCGUUGAUGGCGAAAUACCCGCAAGUGAAAAAUAUGUUGCCGCCCUACUUUGUCUUCGUCGUGGAGUGCUCCUACAAUGCCAUUUACAACAACAUAACGUACACCAUUCUGGAGGGCAUCAGAUACGCCGUGCAGAACGUGAGGUGCCCGCGGACCAAGAUUGCCAUCAUCACGUUCAACAGUUCGAUUUAUUUUUACCACUGCAAGGGGGGGAGCGGCGUAAGCGGUAACAGCGGCGGAGGAGGAGGCGGCUCGGGCACCCACCAGGUGAUCGUGAUGAGCGACGUGGACGACCCGUUCCUGCCGCUGCCGCUGGAGGACCUCUUCUUCGGGUGCGUCGAGGAGAGAGACAAAAUCAACACCCUCAUAGAUACCAUCAAAUCGGUGAGCACGACGAUGCAGUCGUACGGCUCCUGCGGAAACAGCGCGCUCAAAGUGGCCAUGGACAUGCUGAAGGAGCGAAACGGGCUGGGCAGCAUAUGCAUGUUUUACACCACCACCCCCAAUUGCGGAAUAGGCUCCAUUAAGGAGCUGAAAAAGGACUUGCAGGAAAACUUUCUGGAGGUGAAGCAGAAGAUAUUCUACGAUUCUUUACUACUAGACUUAUAUUCCUACAACAUCAGCGUGGACAUUUUUAUCAUUUCGUCGAAUAACGUGCGUGUGUGCGUCCCGUCUCUGCAAUAUGUUGCGCAGAACACCGGGGGGAAGAUCCUCUUCGUGGAAAAUUUCGUAUGGCAGAAGGAUUACAAGGAGAUAUACAUGAGCAUAAUGGACACGCUAACGUCAGAAGACAUUGCCUACUGCUGUGAGUUGAAGCUAAGAUAUUCGCAGCACAUGUCGGUGAAGAAGCUCUUCUGUUGUAACAACAAUUUUAAUUCUAUCAUCAGUGUGGACACGAUUAAAAUCCCCAAGAUUCGGCAUGACCAGACUUUUGCCUUUUUAUUAAACUACUCGGACAUUUCAGAGAGCAAAAAACAAAUUUACUUCCAAUGCGCUUGCAUUUAUACCAACCUGUAUGGGGACCGCUUUGUUCGUCUGCACACCACGCACAUGAAUUUGACCUCCUCCCUCAGCACCGUCUUUCGGUACACCGACGCCGAGGCCUUGAUGAGCAUCCUCAUCAAGCAGCUCUGCACCAACAUCCUGCACAAUGACAACUACUCCAAGAUCAUCAUCGACAGUUUGGCGGCCAUUUUGUUUUCCUACCGCGUGAAUUGCGCCUCGUCCGCCCAUUCAGGCCAGCUGAUCCUCCCGGACACGCUAAAGCUGCUUCCGCUCUUCACCUCCUCUCUUCUAAAACACAAUGUCACGAAGAAGGAAAUCCUACACGACCUGAAGGUCUACAGCCUGAUAAAGCUCCUCUCCAUGCCGAUCAUAUCCUCCCUCUUGUACGUAUACCCAGUAACGUAUGUAAUUCACAUAAAGGGGAAAACGAACGAGAUAGACUCGAUGGAUGUGGACGACGAUUUGUUUAUUCCCAAAACGAUACCCUCCAGCGCGGAGAAGAUUUACUCCAAUGGGAUUUACCUGCUCGAUGCCUGUACCCACUUUUACCUUUACUUUGGGUUUCACUCCGACGCGAAUUUCGCCAAGGAGAUCGUUGGAGACAUCCCGACGGAGAAAAACGCGCACGAACUGAACCUGACGGAUACCCCCAACGCACAAAAAGUGCAGCGCGUCAUCAAGAACCUGACCAGGAUUCACCACUUCAACAAGUACGUCCCCCUGGUGAUGGUUGCCCCCAAAUCCAACGAGGAGGAACGCCUCAUAUCUUUGUGCGUUGAAGACAAAGCCGACAAGGAAUACAGCUACGUGAACUUCUUAUGUUUUAUUCACAAAUUGGUUCACAAAAGGAUUGAUGAGUCGUAA